GCCGACCGCCCGCGAUAAUUCGGACCGCUUAAAGCUUUCUCCCGAACAAAUGGCCAAACCCGUGUUUCCAACAGACGAUUGCUUCAGUCUCUACUACUGCCUCUUCUUCCCAAUCCCCCUUCACAUAACCUCAAGGUCUUAAUUGCCCGUCUCGCGGUGCAAUCUUCCCUCUCUACUCUAUAUUCCCCUUUUUUUCAACUUCGCAUUCCCGUUCGUCAGCCGACAUGCAAGCUAUUCGCCGGAACGCGGUGUCUGCCCUUCGAAACGCUGCUGCCACCCAGCGCCGGGCAUACACCCCUGGUCCUUACUCUGAGACCGUCAACAACCUUCGCAUCAAUGGCGACACGAAGGUUCUCUUCCAGGGGUUCACCGGAAAGCAGGGAACUUUCCACGCCGAACAAGCGAUCGCCUACGGUACCAAGGUUGUUGGUGGUACCAACCCCAAGAAGGCCGGCUCUACGCAUUUAGAUCUCCCGGUCUUCGCCAAUGUUAGCGACGCAGUUAAGCAGACGGGUGCCACUGCAUCUGCCAUUUUCGUUCCCCCUCCCUUGGCUGCCAAGGGUAUCGAGGAAGCAGUUGAGGCUGAAAUGCCUCUAGUUGUCUGUAUCACCGAGGGCAUCCCUCAACACGACAUGGUCCGCAUUACCGACAUUCUGAAGACUCAGAACAAGACUCGUCUGGUCGGCCCUAACUGCCCCGGUAUCAUUGCUCCCGGUCAAUGCAAGAUUGGUAUCAUGCCUGGGUUCAUCCACAAGCGUGGUCGCGUCGGUAUCGUCUCCCGUUCUGGUACCCUCACAUACGAAGCUGUCAACCAGACCACUCAGGCCGGUCUCGGCCAGUCUCUCGUUGUUGGCAUUGGUGGUGACCCCUUCUCCGGUACCAACUUCAUCGACUGCUUGCGUAUCUUCCUUGAGGACGAGGAGACCGAUGGUAUCAUUAUGAUCGGUGAGAUCGGUGGCAGCGCUGAGGAAGAUGCUGCCGAAUUCUUCAAGGCCAACAACAGGCACAACAAGCCUGCCGUUAGCUUCAUUGCUGGUAUCAGUGCUCCCCCGGGCCGCCGUAUGGGCCACGCUGGUGCCAUUGUUAGUGGUGGCAAGGGCGGUGCCGACUCCAAGAUCUCUGCUCUUCAAGAUGCAGGUGUCGUUGUUGAGCGCAGCCCCGCUGCUCUAGGCAAGUCGCUCCUUGCCGAGUUUGUGAAGAGGGACUUGGUUUAAAGUUCAUUCUGGGCAACUUCUUUUCGUACUUUGGCUGGGGAUUAUUGUCCAAAUCAAGUUUUGGUGCUGAGGUAACCAUUGAAUUGGUUGCUUGAGUGUCAAGGCGAUGGUCAAAUAUUUCUCUAGCUCUCCGCUAGAUUCCCGCUCUUGGAACCCUCCUGUACUUUUCCUUUCUGUCAUUGUCAUUUCAUAUGUUUAGAGAUGGUAGGAAGUAACUAGUUUCCUCAUGUAAAUUUUGAAUAUCUAUUUUGUUUCCUGUAUCUCUGAAAUUUAAAUAUCAUCUGAGAUUGGGUUGUCAGUGGGCGACAUCACCUGUAGUAUCUUUUUAUUGGUGAGUCGUUGGCGUGGUUUCCCUUUUGUUUACGGAGAUAAAAUUCCCAUCAAGUCUCAGCAGUCAAACGCCC